GCCGUGUGUUCACGUAUUUCCGGCCAGCUCAGCGCACCACAGAGGAGUAUUUUGGAGCUCUAAUCCAGACUGAGACAUUUGUUUUCCAGCUGUAAACACUUCACAAACACCUGCCGUGCGUAAAUCUGACAUUACAGAAAAAUGGUGCUGUUGACGAUGAUCGCGCGGCUGGCGGACGGACUCCCGCUUGCGGCUUCAAUGCAGGAGGACGAGCAGGGAAGUGAGAAGAUGGGUCGAGAUCUGCAGCAAUAUCAGAGCCAGGCCAAACAGCUCUUCCGAAAACUAAAUGAACAGAGUCCCAACCGAUGCACCUUAGAGGCAGGAUCUAUGUCCUUUCACUAUGUCAUAGAGAAGGGCGUUUGCUAUUUGGUUCUCUGUGAGGCCGGGUUUCCUAAAAAGCUAGCGUUUGCUUAUCUGGAAGAUCUACAGGCCGAAUUUCAUGAACAGCACGGCAAAAAGGUGCCCACAGUCUCCAGGCCUUACUCCUUCAUAGAGUUUGAUACAUACAUUCAGAAAACCAAAAAGUCCUACAUUGACAGCAGAGCACGCAGGAACCUGAGCAACAUUAACACAGAGCUACAGGAUGUACAGAGGAUCAUGGUGGCCAAUAUUGAAGAAGUCCUGCAGCGGGGAGAGGCUUUAUCUGCUUUGGACUCGAAGGCCAGCAACUUGUCCAGCCUGUCCAAGAAAUACAGAAGCGACGCUAAGUACCUGAACACUCGCUCCACAUAUGCUAAGCUAGCAGCCGGCGGAGUCUUCUUCAUCAUGCUGAUCGUUUACAUCCGUUUCUGGUGGCUGUGAGCUGUGGAAGAUGCAUGUAUGUGUGUGGAAGGAAAGAGGGGCUCACAGGUGAAACACAGACGGAUACUUAAAUGACAAGCUCAUGUUGUUUUAAACCACAGCCUGUUCUUAAAGACUGUCAGAUCCGGCACUUUCCCUCCUAACAGGCCGUCGAGACCCCAACCUGAUCCUCACUGCUAUCUGUUUAUGAACUACACGGAAGUCUGUUUACUUGGAGUGUGUGAAUGAACGAAUGAAUGAAAGGGAAGGAAUGGAAGUGCGUUUUUCUGUUUGUGUCUUUGUGAAAUCUCUCCUCUCAUGGAAAUGAAUCUUAUAUACUGUGCUACAGUACCAUAGAGCAACAAUGCAUCUCAGUUAGCGAUUCAUUCAUUCAAAUUUGUCUAAUUAGUUCCACAAACAACUUCUUGUUGUUAUUAUUUAGGUAAGGAGAUUUAGGUUUCGGCCAUGGAGAUAAAUGAGGCGGUUGCAUUAUUAACUCUUCUCAAAGAGCAGAUUUCAUAAUUCUGCUUCUAUCUGUUAACCAGAUACAGUAUGAAGAGUUUGACUCCUAUGUCUAUAAAAGCCCCCUAUGAAGUGUAAGGCUUAGUUUGAAUUCGUCUCAUUAGUUUAGCCAGUGGUGUUCCUGGUGCAAAAAUUGCCUAAUAAACAGCAUUUGCGCUGCUGUGAGGACAUUUGAGGUUGCGUCCAGUUGCUCAACACACCCCAUAUUAAUAACACUAUUGUCAGGGGGCAUUUUGUGACAAGCAGAGGUUUGGGUCAGAUGCAAUCCAGUGCAGUCUACUUGUCUGGUCUCUUUCACGGUUUGCAAAUACGCCGUCUGAUCCGGGUACAUCAUUUCCUACAUCUGUAUUUUACAUGCAUUGAAGAUUUACACAAUAACCAACAGUGUAUCAUGUGUCCACCACCUGAGGCUAAAUUGCUCAUAGCAAGAGUGUUUGUUCAGGUCACAAAGGCAACAAUAUAAAUAAAUUAAUUCAGACUCAUUUAA